GGCGAACGCCGCUCAUCGCACAUGGACAGAAUUAUAAAUAAUAAUUAUUAUUUAUUACAUAUCUUUACAUUAUCUAUGUCGGUUUUCGGAAUUCGGACUUAUCAGAUAAUCAUACGUAUAGACCGCAUGGUACCUACAACUUAUUACGGGCACUUAUUACGAGUUAUGUCACAGGCACAUCUAUAAUACUCACCUAACAUCAUGAAUCGUACUGACAAGAUUCCUUGCUGUUCCUUCUGCCAUAAUAAUUAUUAUAUUGGAGAUGCACAUGGACCCAAGACUCCAAUGUUGUUAGCUUGUGGACAUGACAUGUGUAGAAAUUGUAUUAAGUACUUGUACAGGAAGAAUAAACAAGUCAUUUGUAAAGUUUGUCGCACUGAUUGCAUGAUUAAAUGUGAUGACGAAAUAUCAAACAUACCUAUACACUACUUUAUAGUUGGUAAAGUAUGGUACACAUCUUACCAUAGAAAGCAUAAAAUACAUCAAGAUAUUUCUAAUAUUAAGAUGACAAAAGUUCCUUCAAUAUCUUUCAUAAAAACUAAAGAAAAUUCUCCAAAUUCUCAAAAUUGUCAAAAUUGUCAAAAAUAUGCAACUUUAUUUUGUCAACAAUGUGAUGAGGUGUACUGUGAAGAUUGUUCUCGAAAGAUUCACAGGGAUAAUCAACAUGAUUUAAACGAACUGGAUACUACACACCUUGAAUUUCUUCAAGUAUCUAAAUGUGAUCUUCAUUUGAAAAUUUUUGAUUUCAUUUGUAUUACAUGCGAAAUUGAGUUGUGUUCCAUUUGUGCUGUUGAAAAUCACAGACAUCAUGAUGUUCAACAUUUGGGAAAAUAUAAUUUGAGCAAAGUACAACACUUAAAAGAAUGUUCAUUAAAAGGAGACAUUUUACUAAAAAAGUUGAAACAUUAUAGAGAUAAGUUCAAUGAAAAGGUGCAAAAACAUCGAUGUUCUAAUUUAAAGAAAAAUAAAAAAUUUGAUCAGCAUAAACAAAGUGUAUCAAUGUACGUAUCUUCUGUAAUUGGUGCUUUACAGUGUUUAGAACAACAGUUAUUUUGUAUGAUCGAUCAAGCUGAACAGUCUUCCACCAACUCUAUGGCCCAAGUGGUUGACCAACUCAACAGUUUCAUUGACGAACUACAAGCCAAAUUGAACAUCUUAGGCGUGGUGUUGAAAAACAAUCAUUAUCCGUCCGGGAUGGAGGAUCACAUUGCCGACAUUCAGCGCAUGCUAGACACGACUUUUUAUUUGGGGAAGAAGAACAAGACCGAUGGGUCGAUCAUGUUCGAUCAAAAUAUUUACUCCACCAUUCAGCGUUCAGUGUUUUUUGAUAUUGACAUAUCUGACCGUUACGUAAUGGGAUGUUCACCUGAUCUUUUGCCCGAAUACAUCCUGAGCGCGACGAUCGGACUGAACUCGAAUGACAACGCGCUGUCCGAAACACGGCCGUCGUCUGUCUCGAGCAUGUUGUCGUCAACGAUGUCCAGCAGCAGCAAUUAUUCGGCCGUUUCCGGUGAGGCCGCCGCCACUUUUUUUGGUGACGUCUCUGCCUCUUCUAGUUAUGUCGUUGUCUCUUCUGGUGACGUCGCCGCUGGUUCCUGUAACGAUAAGGCUUCCGGUGAUAUCGACGCCGCUUCCGCAGUUGUCGGACCACCGCAAUCGCAGGUCGUCAAGGAGAUUGUGAAAAACGAAAUCGAGGUCGUAGUCGUGUCGCACAUCAACAGCCCGUCCGACUUUUAUGUGCAGCUUCACUCCAAUUUGGCCGUGUUCAAUAUGGUCAACAGAGAACUCGAUAGACACGUGAAAUCAGAACCCGGGGCUGUACCUGUGGGUCACGUGGAAAUGGAUAUCACUAUGAUGUACGCCGUACAAACUUCAACUAAUGAGUGGCGCCGAGGUAUUGUACUCAACACCUUCAAGGAAGACAAAACAGACUUGUUCAGAGUACACUUAAUCGAUUACGGUUUUUUGGAGACUUUAACAGCCGACAGAAUUAUAAGUGCGCCAGUAAGUAUUGUCUCAAUACCACCAUUAGCCUAUAAUUGUGCCAUGUACGAUUUGAAGCCAAAAUAUACAACUGGAUGGUCAAAUAAAGCUUACAUAUUAUUCAAUGAUUUGAUGUUAGCAAAGACAGGUUCAUAUUUUAUGUACCCUUUGGAAAUAAGUAGUGAACGUAUUGAGGUUGAUGUAGUUUGGCAUGGAGACUAUUAUCCACUGUCUAUACGCGAUGCUAUGUUUUUUUUGGGAUAUGGUUCUUAUGAGUAUUAUGUAAACAAACAAUUGCAUAAACAACUUGUAGAUAUGUUAACAUUAUCUGACAAUUUAAAGCUGGAAGAAGAAAAAAGAUAUUCUGUAAUCUUAUGUCACUUCAUUUCACCAACAGAGUUUUAUAUACGAUUAAAUGAUGAUACUUCUCAAUUAGAAGAAGUUAUGGAUACACUGAAAGCAAUAUAUAUACCUACUGCAGAAAAUUCACAUAAAAACUAUUUAUUAUAUACGCCACAAAUUGGCAUGGCUGUUGCAGCUAGAUAUUCUAUUGAUGGUCAUUGGCAUCGUGCAAAGAUAAUAAGUUUGCCUGAAGAGCGCUUGGUUACUGUUUUUUACAUAGAUUUUGGCAAUUCAGAAACAUUGCCAUGGGAUGAAUUGAGAGUUCUUGAUAAAAGCCUCAUUAAGACACCUCCACUUGUAAUAAAAGCAUCAUUAGCUGAUGUUAGUCCUGCUGUAAAUGGCAUAGAAAGUACCAAGUGGAGUGAUAUUGCUUGUGCUGCAUUUUUAAAUUUUUCAAAGAUUGAUUACACUGAUGAUAACUUGAUCGCUUUCAUACACAAAGUUGUUGGUGAUACACACAAAAUUGUUUUAUACAAUCAUUCAUCAAGAGCUGAGUUUUGCUUGAACAGUAAACUUGUAUCUCAAGGAUAUGCUACAACAAUGGAUCCUGGAGCAUGUGUAUUCAAGAAAACAAACACAAGAAAACUAGUGAAGAAGCUAGUGUUACAAAACUCUAGAAAUAAAGAAUUAAUGUUACCAAACGAUGACACUUUAUCGUUUAUUAAGCAGCGAUCAGUUACUGCAAAUGAAAAUCAUGAAUGGAAAAAUAAGAAAAAGGUAUGCCCCGGUGUACCAAUGUCAAUUAUUAAAGUUGUCAGUCCUGAUGAAAUAAUUUUAAAAAAAAUGAACCAUAACACUGAGAAACUGACUGAAAAAAUGAACAAAGUUUAUGACGAUAAAAAAAUAAAUAAAAAAAAAAUAGGUUGGAAAAUAAAUGAUUUAUGUGCCGUAUUUAUUAAAAAGUAUGGAAAUUGGUAUAGAGGAAAAAUUAUAAACAUAGAUGUAACAAAACAAAUGGUUACAAACGUUACAGUUUACUUUUAUGACAUAAAUGAAACAAUUGACCAGAUACCUAUCAAAACUUUACAUAUACUCGAAGAUCAAUGUGCUCAAGUAAAAUGUGGAAUUCUGCAUUGUGGUUUGAACAAUUUAGUUCCAUUAGGUGCUCCAGAUGGAGUAUGGCCUAAAUUUAGUUGUGAUCGUCUAAUUGAAGAAUUAAAAAAAUAUCCUACAGUAUAUUUCUCAUGUGAAGAGAAGAAAAAUGAUAUUUCAUUAGGAGAAAUAUGGGUCAGAAUCAUAGAAACACCACAAGCCUUAGAACCAUUACGUGAACAUUGGACAAAUAUGAAUAGAUUUAUGAUAGAACAAGGUUUUGCUUUAAGUAAUAAACAAGUUAAAAGGGAUGGUGAAUAUUCAACUUCUCAAUCAGAAUCAGAAUUCAAUUACUCUAAUGUAUCUAAAGAAAAUGAUCAAUUUGUUAACUCUUGGAUGCCUCCUGCUCGUUUGGUUGAAUCUAAAUUUAAUGUAAUCGUUACAAAUGUUGAUAUGAAAUGCAAUAUCUACUUUCAGAUUUUGGAUGAAGAAACUUCUCAAUCAUUGCAGCUUGUUACAGAUGAAUUGAAUGACAUAUUUUCUAAUAGCCAACCUGAACCAAUAAAUAUGAAAUGGAGUGAAGAACAGUCGGUUAUAGUUAAAUACCAUCUAGAUAAUAAGUGGUACCGAGGAACAAUCUUAAAAAUAAGUGACAACGAAGAAUUUACUGUACAGUUUUACGAUUAUGGCAACAUCGAGACGUGAAAGCACGAAGAUCUCCGGUCGACCUUGUACAUGACUGAAGUGCCCCAACUGUGUCACAAGGGAUUCUUCAGCUCCAUUUUACCGAUUACGAAAAACGGGAAAUGGCCGAUACCCACACUCGACAUGAUACACAGCUUGGUCGUCGAAAGAACAUGUAUGGUGACGGUCGAUGCGAGCCUGUCGACCGCCAACCACUGUGCG